AUGGGUUCAUGGGCGUGGCGCAAACUGCUGAAGUUUCGACCUCUGGCAAAAAACUUCCUUCUAAUGGAUGUGAAGGAUGGCGCCACUGCAAGGUUCUGGACUGAUCUGUGGUUUCCUAAAGGAAGACUUAUUGAGAUUGCUGGGGAACUUGGUACACAAAAGUUGGGCAUCAGUAGAGAUAUGAGGAUUUGUGAUGUCUUAAGAGAGGGUCAAUGGAGGUUCCGCAGAUGUCGUGACAGACAUAUUCAAAGUUUGGUAACAGAGAUACGAACUUUUCAGCUAACAUUAACUGAUGGAAGGGAUGAAGUUCUAUGGAAGCGUGGUGCUAAUGAUUAUGGCACUAAGUUUCAUUCUUCUGAAACUUGGGAUCAAAUCAGGGUGCACAAGGAUACUGUAAUUUGGAGCAAAAUUGUUUGGUUCCCUCAAGGUGUUCCUCGUUUUGCUUUCAUCACUUGGCUUGCGGUCAAGGAUAGGCUCGCCACUGGUCAUCGCACUCGACGAUGGGGUCAACCGGAACAUUGCCUCUUCUGUGGCGAACCAGACGAGACUAGAGACCACCUUUUCUUUGCGUGCCCUUAUACUUUCACUCUUUGGCUAAAGAUGGUAGGGAAUUUAUUUGGGACUGAUCCGGAUCCAGACUGGGACAUCACUCUGUCUACAAUGCUGUCCAGACCAUAUGACCGUUUGACGUUCAUACUCCUCCGAUUGGUCCUGCAAGUCACCAUUUAUUUCAUCUGGCGUGAACGCAACGAGAGGAAGCACGGUACGAGCCAUAAGACAGUUGAACAGCUUGCAAAGUUGGUGGAUAAAACAGUUCGGAAUCGCAUCUCCUCUACAAAGUACACUCUCAGCCUGCGACUGCAAGGUUUAAUGAUCAGGUGGUUUGCAGCUCAUGACACUGCAAAUUAG